CUAUAGCACAAGAUUAGGCGUCACAUUAGCACUAACCUCUAGUGAUGAUGCAACCCUUAACACGGACAACCACAGGUGGUUUGCUAGCGCUUUGUACCCUGACGCCUACGACUCUCUCUGGCAAAGGACCAGCUCCUAGCGCAAAGCGGAACAAUGCCACGGUUUAUGAUCUCUUGGAAGUAGAGACUCUGAAAUGGAAGUCGUCUACCGAGAGAAGGCAGAUUGGUUUGUUGGCCGACAAUGAGACAGCCGAGGAGAAUUGGGCGAACGCUAUGCAACAAAUUUUCUUGAUGGUCUUCCAGUCGUUCACGCCCUCGGCAUGUCCGGGAUCCCCCUGGAAAGUAGCACUUAGUGGUCUCCUGGAACCGUACAUUCUGUGUCUCGUAAGCAGGCAUUCCAGCAUCCUCUAAUUCAUUAUAAAAGAUAGGGAUGGACUUUCACGACCA